AUGGACGACAUCAGCUACACGCCGGAGACGUGGCCGCCCCCAAGCGACAAGGUACCACCAGUGCCGGAGCGGGCGGCCUUCGCGAGCGGCGCUGAAAUCAGCGCAGCCAGCAACCGCGAGGGGUACCACGAUCAGCGCGGGCUGGAACAGAGGACUGUUCACGCGAAGCGGGCCAAGAAGGCCAAAGAUCGGCACGGAAUCACACGGACGCGGAAGAAGAAGCACCUCUGGAAGAAGACGGAGUUGAGCGGGUGUAGCGUCAUAGCGGCCGUCACGAAGAAACGCGCCGCGGUGGACGAGGCUAGCCGCCAAUACGACGAAGAGAAGGACUACGCGGUACUGGACUACGACGGCGGCUGGGACGACGGUGAAGGCGACGACGAGGAAGAGCCAAGCGAGGUGAUUGACCUCGCCCAAGACGCGGAGGACGAAGAAGAGGCCGUCACAAUGACGAGGCAAUGA